UAUUUUUGUAAUCAUCAGACAAAGAGAUCAAUUCGAUCAAAGCAUGAACACCCAGAUACAGAAUUCAAUCCAUCACUAUCCGAAUUUUGUUUAGCCUUUUUCUUUGAGAAGAAUGUUGAUGGGUCAAUUACGCCGCUCGCUUUUAAGCGCGUUUUGAUUCGUUGAAUGUUCUUCGUUUUCCAUCCAACAAUGGCGGCUGCUCCCGGAAAUCGUUUUCUCUAAGAACCCCAUUGGCCUCCUCCGCCUGAUAAUCACGUUGGUUUUCGUUUUUCCUCGCCGAUUUCUGUUCAUCUUAGUAUCAUAACGUUUUCACGAUUCAAAAUGAAUGUUUCCGAACAGCGUUCUUCAAUUAUUUGUUUCUCAAUCGUUUAGCCCUUUUCGUUGAUUGUCUUAUGUUCUUCGACUACAAGUUUUCAGAUCGAUGUCUUCGAUUGGAUGAGUUCGAGCCGAAUGUUGGAGAUGGACAUCAACUUACAAAGAAUCUUGGAGGAGUUUCUUCAAUCCACUGCUCAUGUGAUGGACAAUAAUCAACAGGUCGAGGAACGUGGUCUAAUUCAAUCGCCAACUUGUGCUUGUUGCGAACGAUUCCUAGUACUUGAUAACGAUGUCAGUGGUGAACCUGAAGCCAUUGGUAUAUGUGGCGAUUGUAAAUUUUUGUUACUUGAAGAUAUGGAAUUCCCUGAACAGGAUUCUUAUAACAGGGCGAUGCCAAGAGGAAGAAGAACAAGGCAUGGUAGUUCAGAGUCUCCUGAUAGUCGUUUUUCACAGGAAUUCUCCCAUAUGAUUAACUUGGCGAGGCAAAGUCAGUCGAGUAUCUCUAGCUACGGGGAUCGGUAUGCAGAUGGUUCUAAUGCUACUUAUGCCACGCAGGACUCGAGUUUGCUUAUGAGCCCCAAUCAAUCUCGAAGAUGGCGUCGAGCAAACUCUGAUUCUGAAAAUGAUGGUUUAGAUAGUAUUGACUCUAUGUUUCGAGAGAAUGGAUCAAAUUUCAGUUUUGGACCUUACAGACAUUCUUAUGGUGAUAUUGAUUUUGUUUCGUAUGGAACUUAUGGGGGUGACUCGGAUGCUUCCAUGGACGGACAAAGUUCCUUGGACACAGACGUUUUCGUUUUUCCUGGUGAUGGAUUCAAUGAUUCUGAUAUAGACAUUGAUCCUAUGCGUGCUGGUGUCGGCGAUUGGGACUCGAGUGAUGAGGAGGAGGAUCUUGGUGAAUUAACAGAAGCUGACACAGAGCAAGAUGCACUUGAAGUAGAAUCUUCUCAAGCUAGACCUCCACUUCAAGAUUUUCAAGUUUCUAGUGCUACUGGGAGAGCUAACUCUGGUAAUUGGAAUGAACAACUUUCUUCACCAGAAUAUGAACUCGAGCGAAUCAGGAGGAAUGGGAGAUUUUAUUCGAACAUCAACUAUUCACAGUCAGAAUUACUAUCUUUCGUUGAGAAUUUUGGUGAAUAUCUUGACCAACAAGGCUUUGAACAACUUCUUGAGCAAAUUGCCGAGACGACCAGCUCAAGCGUGGAGCACCUCCUGCCGCUGUCUCUUCAGUGAAAAAUCUCCCACUUUUGGUGAUUUCUAAAGAACAUU